GAGGAGAAAGUCACAGACGGCAGCGGUGGUGGCUUUCUGAGCCGGGGGACAGGUGACAGAACCCCCCCAGCAGGACCAGGAAUUUGGGACCCCUUAAGUGCCUGGUGUUGACCAGCUCCCAGCAGCCACUGGCAUGGACAGCGAUGACACCAACACCGUCACCGCCGAGGUCUGCAGGGAGGAUGACGUUGGGGAUGGAGAGCUCCUGGAGGUGAUGGUGGCUGGUUACCCAGUGCUGCUGGUGAGGAACAGGAAGGAGUUCAGCGCCCUGGGCAGCAAAUGUCCCCACUAUGGUGCCCCGCUCAGCAAAGGGGUCUUGAGAGGGGAAAGGCUGCGCUGCCCCUGGCACGGCGCCUGCUUUAACAUCAGAACUGGAGACAUCGAGGAAUACCCUUCUCUGGACUGUAUCUCCUGCUUUAAGGUAACAGUGGAAGAUGGAAAGGUGUUUGUUACAGCAAAAAAGAAGGACCUUGAAAACAGCCUGAGGGUGAAGGACAGAAGCAGGCGGUGCCUUGUCAACCAGAACACGAUGCUGCUGCUGGGGGGAGGUGUGGCUGCCCUGGUGUGCGCAGAGACGCUUCGCCAGGAGGGUUUUACCGGCAGGAUCAUCAUGGCCACUAAAGAGAAACAUGUUCCAUACGACAAGUCCAAACUGAGCAAGGAAAUGGACUUGAAAGCUGAGGACAUCUACCUGAGGAAACCUGAAUUCCUUGAUGCUCAGGGCAUAGAGUUCUGGACAGAGAAAGAGGCGGUGUCGGUGGAUUUCCAGAAGCAGCAGGUCCACUUCAUGGAUGGUUCCUCUCAGAAAUACCAUCAGCUGCUCAUUGCAACAGGCAGCCACUCCAGCUUCCUCAAAGUCCCAGGUGCAGACCUGCAGAACGUGUGCGUUCUCCAAACCCCAGAAGACUCCAGCAAGAUCUUGGAGCUGGCAACUGGGAAGAAUCUGGUGAUUGUAGGAGCUUCAUUCGUAGGAAUGGAGGUGGCUGCCUUCCUCUCAGACAAGGCUGGUACCAUCUCAGUGGUGGAAAGAGAGGAGUUCCCUUUCCAGCACGCUCUGGGUCCUCAGGUUGGAGGCGUCGCCAUGAAGAUGCUGCAAAAUAAAGGGGUGAAGUUCCACAUGAAAUCAGAACUCUGUGAGCUGAAAGGAAAGUAUGGAAAGGUCACAGAGGCUGUUCUUGCCAACGGAGAGAAAUUACCUGCAGAUGUGGUAGUGGUGGGAAUAGGGUCGACCCCCAGCUCAGCAUUUCUGAAGGGCACCUCCAUUGCCAGAGAUGACAAAGGUGCCAUCCUGGUGGAUCUGCACAUGCAAACCAACAUCCCAAAUGUCUUCGCUGCGGGGGACGUGGUGUCCUUUCCAGUAGCGCUUCUCAACGGGGACCGGUCCAGCAUCCAUCACCAACAAGUGGCUGAGGCCCAUGGUGAGAGCUCAGCCACCUCACUUUCCAGCUCCCCUGGAGGAGGGAAUGGGGCAGAAGGGACAGGGCAGGAUAACAAGAGGCAGAGAACACUUCUUUGGGCACCUUCAAGAAAAAUAGUUCCUCUGUUGGCUCAUCACAGGUCACGUUGCUGCCUUAAACAUGCUGAAGAAAGAGAAGGAGUUGCACACCAUUCCCUUCUUCUGGACCACGUUGCUUGGGAAAAGCAUCCGUUAUGCAGGCUGUGGAAAGGGAUACACAGACACUGUUGUCAAGGGCAGCCUGGAGCAACAGAAGUUCCUGAUCUUUUACCUCAAGGAUGGCCAUGUGACAGCAGCUGCCAGCCUGAACUGCGACCCCAUGGUGUCUCUCAUUGCAGAAGUUUUAUACUUGGGGAAACUAAUCUCCAAAGAAGAAGCAGAGGCCUGUGACAUUGGCAACAUAUCCUCGCUGGCACAAACCUAAGCUUGGUACCUGCCCCUGUGAGGGGCACAUACCCAAGGGUUAACAGCUCCACAUCUUCCUGUCCCUGAGAAAUAAAACCAUCAGCAAAGCCGAAA